UCGUAUAUAUAAUAACCAUGAAAGAAAAAUUGAAUAAAUAUCGCAGUGUGCUAAUACGUCAGUAGUGAUCAUCAGAAGCAGGGAGGCUUAAUGACCACAAUUCAACGAUCUGUCGCAGUAGUUUCCCUGUAGCGAUGGACCGGUUUAAAAUAGAGACAUUCGUAUAAACUUAAGUUAAGUGGAUUAUUUUUAUAGGAAGGUAAAAAUGACAACAAGAAUUAAUCUACAUACAUGUGUUAUUUGUAACAUACAUAGAAGGGGAAAAUAUGUAGUUCUGAUUUGAAAAUUGAUCAGAUCGUAUAAAAAGUAUAUUGAUCUUUACCGACAGGUAUAUUUUGUUUGUUAUUUAUACGGUGUUAUAAAACUGUCUAUUGAUGUGAAAUAAGAUAUGCAACGUCUGAAAAACCAAUCAAAGCAAAAUCAUGCAACGGUUCGGAUUGAGUAAUGACAAUUUAUUAUUUAGUGAAUAUUUCCUUGAAAUGGAUGAAUAUGAAACACAAGUUAGCUUAUUCAUUACAAUAGCUAUAUUAGCCGCAUUUGCUGGAUCAAAGGCAAUUUAUGACCGGUACCGAAAAUCAUUUACCAAAAUCAAAGUUGUGGUUGUUGGCGCAGGACCAAUUGGAUUAUCGUCUGCCAUAAUCGCACUUAGGUCAACAAAAGUUUCAAAAAUCACAAUUUUUGAGGAAAAGGAAAGAAACGAACUUAUCUACACUUCUUAUCAAAUAACUUUUGAUGAUCAGAGUAUUCAAUUCUUGAAAAGUCUUGGAGUAGAUUUUGAUAAUAUUGAAGGUUGUUGGAAAGGAAACUAUUUUCAGACAAACGCAGGUGUAUAUAUGCAAUACAUUUUAGAGAAAUUAAAACUAUCAUCAAAUAAAACACCAUGUGAUAUUCAUUUUAAAACACGGUUCUGUCGAGAGACAUUGAAAGAUAUAGAAAGUAUACAAGGAAGAUGUCUUGUUAUAACAUCCGAUGGACGAAAUGGCCAGGCACAAAGAAUUCUUGGACUGAAUGACUUCAGUGAGCAAUACUCCUGUGGUGCAUUUGGAACCGUUGCAGCCGUUGAAAGAGCAGAUUUACGAGAAAUUCCUACUCCGGAAAUACGUGUUCAUAAUUUAAACUUUGAUUUGUCAGCAUAUGGAGGAAGCGCCCCUGAAGCAAAUGGGACGCCUGGAUUUAGUUUAAAAAUAUUUGGAAAUAGCAAACAUAGAUUUAUUUCCUUAGCAAUAGCAAAAUGUGAUUUACCUGUCGUAAAAGCGUUACGUACGAUAUUAGACAGAGCUAUGAUGCGGAAUAUAUUUUUAAAAUGUUUUAACACAUACAAGUUGUCAUCGGAACCUUUAUUGAGUGAAUCGUAUGCCUUAAACCAUAUGAAGUACAGUCCCAGACUGUUUGAAAUAAAACUGUCCCAAAGAAGUGAAACAGUUGCCUAUUUUGAUGAUUGUGAUAUGUUUGUGUUAGCUGAAGGGGAAGCUGCAGCUUUUCUUAAUUUUCAUACGGGUUUAGAUAUAAAUCCUGCCAUAAGAGGAUUAACGUCACUUGGACGUUUUAUUGAAAUGAUAACAGUUGCCGACACUGAACAUGCGGUUUCUAAUGCCUUAAUGUAUAAGAUGAAGCAUUCCGAACAGUUAUUUAGAGACUUUGUAAAAAAUGGUAUUCGAGAGUAUAUGCUAACAUAAUAGUUGAUUCAGAUUGUGAAGUGUGUUUGUAGAGUAAAAGAGACCAAAUGGGUAUUAGGAGACUAACUUGUAUCCCUCUAAAACUUAUUAUGAAUUGAAUUUUAUAAAUAUCGAGGCCAAAAAAUGUAGCUGUGUUUUCUGCCUCCCUACCUCCCCUAAAUUGUCACUUCUACCCUUACAAACGUUAUGGAAAAUUUUAGUAAAGCACCGACAAAGACCAGAAUAUUUCACUAUGCAUGUAACGUCUAUAUAAAAAGUUAAAAAGAUAUUUUACCUACCUACCUACCUACACUACCAGGAGGCACGAAAUAAGUAUGUUUUUUAGGCUAAAAGGGAGUGUACAUGUAUACAUUGUACUAUGUAUGUUUUAUUUGCAUUCUUAUUACACCUAAUCUUUGGAAUAGUGCUUAAAGACAUGUCAAAAACCAUACAUGUUUCUACCUAUUUUAGUGGAGACAGAAAUGGGUUUUUUUUUGUAAUUUUUUUCUUGAAAUAAGAAAAAAAAGAUACCGAUUUAUGUCCUUUCUGGUACUUACAUGUAUAAUCAAAAGACGUUUGAACAUUUAAGUCGUUUUAUAAGCACUGGUACGAACACACGUGAAAGGCCAAAGGUAAUUAUGCACAGUGAAUGAAGACUCAUUAGAAUGUAUAAGAUAGUGUACAAAGAGUGAAGACUCUUUAGAAUGUAUAAGAUAGUGUACAAAGAAUGAAGACUCUUUAGAAUGUAUAAGAUAGUGUACAAAGAGUGAAGACUCUUUAGGAUGUAUAUGAUAGUGUACAAAGAGUGAAGACUCUUUAGAACGUAUAAGAUAGUGUACAAAAAGUGAAGACUCUUUAGAAUGUAUAAGAUAGUGUACAAAGAGUGAAGACUCUUUAGAAUGUAUAAGAUAGUGUACAAAGAGUGAAGACUCUUUAGAAUGUAUAAGAUAGUGUACAAAGAGUGAAGAUUCUUUUGAAUGUAUAAGAUAGUGUACAAAGAGUGAAGACUCUUUAGAAUGUAUAAGAUAGUUUACGAAAAGUGAAGACUCUUUAGAAUGUAUAAGAUAGUGUACAAAGAGUGAAGACUCUUUAGAAUGUAUAAGAUAGUGUACAAAGAUUGAAAACUUUUUAGAAUGUAUAAGAUAGUAUACAAAGAGUGGAGACUAUUUAGAAUGUAUACGUGUACAAAAUGUGGAGACUAUUUCGAAUGAAUAAGUAGAACAGCAUUAAACAUGUAUUUAUUCAUUUUGAAUUACAAUUUAACUCUAAAUUGAAUUUGACAAAAAAUAACAGAAUUAAACAUUUGAUAUCAAAUUAGAAAAUGCAGACCCUUCUUUUUUGGAAUAAUCAACAGAACAAGAAAAUAUAGUCGACAUCCAAAACAAACAGGCACUAUAAUUGCUCAUUAUUGAAGGCGUGCAGUGACCUAUAGUUGUUAAUUAUUGUGUAAUUUAGUCUUUUGUGGAGAGUUGUCUCAUUGGCAAUCCUACCACAUCUUCUUAUUUUUAAAGACAAAUAUAGGCAGCAUUUAUAAGGAAAACGGUUUUGAAAGUAUUUAUUCAGUUCCGUUAAACUUAACCUUCAUUUACAUAUAUUAUUCUAAGAAAUCUCUCACAAUUUGCAAGUACAGAUGUGUGUAAAAAUUGUUAAACUAAAAGCCUAAAAAGAUCUCUUUUCAAAUCAAAGUAAUUUAUAAAAUUUAAACCACUUGUUAGAAAAUAAUAUAACUGGGAUAUUUCCCAUAAAAAUGUAUAAAUGCAGUUUUAAUGUUUAAUGUCACGAUGAAAUAAAUCGAACCAUCUAUUUACAUGAAUUUGUUACACGGUGACAAAUAUCUAUGCUUCAAAUAAAUGAACAUUUGAAAUUGAUGUAGUUAUUUUCUAUGAUAUAUGUUCAUUGUAAACAUUUUAUAAGACAACAUGUUGUUUUAUGACUGGUACUGGUUCUUUGUAUUAAUUGCUCUCCGAAAUUCUUAGAAAUAUGGAUACAUUUCUUACACGAAGGUUUAUUCAUUUAAGGAUCAAUUCGUUCGAAAGACCAUUAUUAAUUGACUUACGUAAUAUUCUUUGUCAUGAUUUGUAUCAGAAGAUUAUCGAUGUUAAAAGUCAUUUGUCAUUCUCCACACAUAACCAUUUUUUAUCUGCUCAGGAUUUGUACUUUAAUCCUAAAAGAUAACAAUUUUGUACUAUAGGGUUAUUCCACUUGUAAUGAGGAAUAUUGUCAAGAGCAGUAUAUCAUAUUGCGCGAGCUUGUGAUUUGAUAUUCUGCGAGGGACAAUAUAUAUUAUCAAAUAGUUAACAGUAUAGAAUGCAAUAUAUGUCAAGAUACAAUAUUUCAACUCAUCAGAAAUUCUCUACCUUUUAAUUAUUUUAGGCAUUGCCAAAGUCACCAGAUAUGAAAUAUUCAGUAAAUAUUGUAAUAACAAAAAUCAGUGUAAAAGGAAAAAAAAAUCAUUUAAUUCAAGGAGUCAUAUUUAGCCAGCAGCUUGGCAUUUGCGAGUUGUAACGUUUGCUCACAUGUCGGAUCUGUCAGACACGUGAUUCAGGUUUGCCAAUACUUGGUAGAUUUAAGUUUAUUAUCUAAUCCUUUAAAGCAUUUUAGUAACCCACUUCUCCAGUUCUACGGAACAGAAUGAAAUCGUAUUUAGUCAACAGCUUGACAGUAAUAAGUCGUACUAGUUGCACGUUUCUUCGGAUUUGUUUCUGUUAUCAUGGUAAGGUAUUAAUAUGCAUCCUUUGGUCAUUUAUGUCGCUCGGUUCCUGUUUCAUUCACGUAUACCCACAUCUUCUUUUUUUAUUUGUUGCGUAUGCCACGAAUUUCUAUGAUGUUCUGCAUGUUACCACGACUGUGUACACUUCUUUAAGACAAAAAUCAUACAGUUAGCCAAUAUUGGUAGCAUAUUAAGGCAAAAGGGUACUGAACGGAAUUUCUAAACAUGACUCAUUUUGCACUUUUAAAAUUUACCUUCAUUUGCACAUAAUACAGACUACAGAGUAUCCAUGUGCCAUAAAUAAACAUGUUCUGUGACAAUGAACCAUUAAAUGUAGUAGUCUGAUUGGCAUGAAAUUGAUUCUGUAACUUGAAUUAUUUUUAGCAAUAGUUUUCUUUUCUGUGAUUUCGUUAUUAUACAUGUCAGACAAUUCCAUUUGUUUUAUAUUGUAGACAAAUAAAUUAUUUUAUAUUU